UCGACUGAAGACCGGACAGCAUUCAGUUUGGGCGGCCAAUUUGAAGAGGGCUCAUUGACCAACCGCGGCCAACAGGUCGCUGUACCCUUUCAUGCCCUUUCAUGCCUGACACGUGAAAAGGAGACUUCCGUUGAGCCACAGGAGCGGGCCAAUAUCACAGCCCACGUCUGCACCGAAAGACACACACAAGCCUGCCCAAGAGGGCAUAGCAAGACCGAGAAUGGAGUCGAUCGGCCGACAACUCAGCGUGUCGUUAAACUGGUUGAACGUACAGAUUCUGACAGCUCAUGA